AUGGCUAAUACUGGCUUUCAGGCAUGGGACGGCGCACGUGUGUGCAGCGCAGCGGAGAAAGUGUGCCGGGUUGCGCCGGCGGGGUUGGCGCAGCAAGUCGCGCACGCGGUCACGUUGGCGCUCGCGCUUGGGCGUGAGGAGGUGGUUCGGGUGUUGUGGGGUGGGGGGGUGGGUAUCACUUUCUCAGCCACCCAGACGGUGCGGCAGCAGUGGGGCAUUCUGACGGGAUUGUCGAACCGGGAGGCGAGGAUUCGGGGCCUAGUAGAGGACGACCUUGCUCUUCGAAAGCAUUCUCGCCAAAGAGGUCCAAGGUGUUUCUGGGGAUACGGACGGGGUGGAGUGCAGCGGACAGGGUCUCCUCCCAGCGCGAGUGGUGGGUUUGGUUCCGGGUUAGAUGCUAACGACGUGAGGGCGCUCCAUGAUCAGAUCAAGGAGCUUGAGUUGAAGCAGUUGGCGGAUGGCGCGGAGGUCCGGCGCCUCAGAAGCGACUUAACCCGGUUACGGAGGGGAGUUUCCGAGGCUACCCCAGGGGGCGAGCAAGGAGACCGCACGAUGUUGAUGUUGCAAGCGGAUGGGGCCGACGAAGUCGGGGGACUCGCUUGGCAGAUACGGCAGGUGCAACAACAGUUGGACGACCAUCAGGCGACUCUUGUUAAGUUGAGAGCGGAAGCGGGGUCGAGGGGACAGAGGGUCUCAACGGUCGAGGUGCGGUUGGAGAGGGAUUCAAAGGGACGGACGGUUCGCAACACGAGGUGGUUCGAGAUGCAGAGCACGGGUGGCAACCAUUAGCAAGGCGUAGGUUGAGCUUCCUUUCAGAACCAGAUGCAAAGAGCACGUGUGGUUUAUUUAUUUCCUAUGGAAAAGAACAGUCGCUUCAGAUGGGCUAGUUCGGUAGUGGGACUAGUUACAAGAAUCCCUCUCAAAAGCAUGCGGCAAGCAUAGGGAGAAAGUGUAAGUAUCUCGCAACCAGGUUUUUAUCAAGGAUUCGUUCAGCAGAUUGAUACCAAGCCAGUACGGCGCCCUUCAAUGAGCAUUUAUAGGACAUGUAUCAGACAAUAUUCAAGAUAGGGUGUCAAAUUGACGUAGCGAUUCGUCAUUCUCAUUGCAUGGCAGAUCCAGAACGUCACCGUUUAAAGCCAGGCUGUGAACAGCUAUAACAUCGAC